GGAGGAUUGUUGAGGAUUGUUGGGAGAGGAGUCCCACAUCAGCUAAUUAUGGGGUUGAUCACGGGUUUGCAAGUAAGAAAUACAUCUCCAUUGGUAUGAAGACUUUUGGGGAAACCAAAAGAAAAGCCAUGAGAGCUUUGCUCGAAGUGGGAAAUAUCAUACCAUUGUGGAGGUUCGUAAUUCCUAACACUUAAUGGAGCUAGAUUAUGCCCAAUCUCAGCUUAUAAUCUUGGUUUUUGUUGGGAAACUUUCAAGAAUUUGUGCUUUUCUUCGCCGGUGCCUUUUUGGAGUAACACUACUAACAUUCCGACUUCCAGAAUUUGUUCUUUGUGGUUUGUAACUCGAGUAUCUUAAGUGGCCAUCGAUCUGAAACAUUCGUGGAGAUUCACGAUUCCAAACAUUUGUUUCCUUGGCCUUUUAGGCUUGCCUUGUGCUACAGCCAGCAUUUGUCAAUACCACCGAAAAAAUUCUCAUUCACACCCACAGUCUUAACCAAUCUGUUGGGCCACGCUCAUAAGGAGUCCUAUUGAAAUCAAGAAAUAUAGGCCAGCCAUCCACACUACAAUAAAUGAAGGUUUUCCAAAAAACUUGCUAGUAGAUUCCCAAUACAUCUAUUCAAUUAAGCCAAUCUUGUUUGGUAUGGAUAAGCAAGCAUGGACAGGCUCCUCGAGCGACCCAAUUCAGGAAGAUAGAAACCGCCGGUUGGGUUGGUCCAACCAAGAAAGACAUGGGAGUGGGCAUUCUUAGGCCGAGUUAAGUAAAGACUGACUACCUAGUCAUUUGUAACCACCCCUCACUGCGCACUUUCAAUAUAUCUUUUUUCUCCCUCUCUUUCUUACAACUAGUUGCUGCAUGCUAUCGGAUCUCGAUAACCUCUUCAGUUAUUUGGUCCAAGUUCCCAAAGGGUCUUGUUGGCGCACGAGCGUUCGUGAAGUUUCUGUGUUGAGUAUUGGGGUGGGGCUUGAUACCAUAGCAUGGAUGUAAAAAUAGUAUAUAGACUGCAUAUAAAUUGCUCAAACAUUCUUUACCAAAUGCAGAGGCUUUUUUAAUAAAUUGAUGUCCUCCUCUCUUAGAUGAACUACAUUUGAUUUCAUGUAUCGUAGACUUGAUUGGUGUUCUUAUCAGAUUCAUUGUUACUUCCUCACUGACACUGUCUUUUUUGUUCUUGAUAAUUCUUUUGUAGGUCUGUCCAAUCUCUCUGUCACAGACUGUGGGAGUAACGACCCAGAUCUCAAGCAGGAGAUGGAAAAACAAUUUGUGGAUCUUUUAACAGAGGAAUUGAAGCUUCAAGAAGCCGUUUCUGGCGAACAUACUCGCCAUAUGAACAUCACGUUAUUCGAGGCGAAAAGGGUAGCUUCUCAGUAUCAGAGGGAGGCUGAAAAGUGCAUUGCUGCAACCGAAACUUGUGAAGAGGCCCGAGAACGCGCCGAGGCUUUGACGAUCAAGGAAAGGAAGCUUACGUCAUUGUGGGAGCGACGAGCCCGCCAAAUGGGUUGGAUGGUGGAAUAAGUCUAUCAUUUCAAAGGCCACCCUCUUAGUUCAACUAGUCGUCGAGUCGAGUCGAGUAGAAGCUGGCAAGCGAAUUGCUUGGUUCAUCAAUCUUUCAAGGCAUGAUGUUCUUCUCUCUUUUCUUCUGUUGCACUUUUCCUGGAAACAUGUCGAUUCUACAUCAUAAUUCAUACAUGACAUGUUACAGACCCCGUUCUUCUGCAUUUGCUAUAUAUAUGUGUGAUCAUCCCCUCUCGAACCGAACCGUGACCACGUGACUUAUUAUCUAGGCGUUUCUGAUCUGUUCACGAACUCUAAUAGAAAAAACUAUGUUGUUGUUCUAAAUUUUGGCACCAGUUUGGUUCCCUGUAAGUGAUGUUAGUAAAAUCUAGUGGUAUCCCUUUUGCAUA